AUGGCCUCAAAUCGUCGUCUACAGAAGGAAGUUGUAGAACUGAAGAAUCUGCCAGAUACUGUUUGCAAAAUUGUUGAGAUCAAUGAGCAGAAUUUCUUGAACUGGACCUUGUUGUUGUUACCAGUAAGUUCUUGAUGUUUCUGCUCGGUUUUUAGGUGAAAAGUGGUGCAAAUUGCAUGAGAAUGAAAGGUUUAUACCAUUUCAAAUGAUUUGGGUCGUCUCCGCUUUUUUGUGCCGAAAUCGAUUAGAAAUUGCUUUUGAGAGGUUUUUGAUGUUACACAUAAGAAAAUGAUAAAUUCCCUUUGUUUCCAGUCUUGUAGCAACUUUUUACUGAUCGAACAAGUUUCUCCACAUAAUAAGCUUUGAUUUCAAAUGGAAUAUAGCUAGAUUUUGGUUCUUUUUCUGGCGGAAAAAUCCGAUAUUGUUUUUGGCUAUCAGAUUUAACGCUCAAGGUUUUCUGAGCGAAAAGAAGUGCCGCCUAACUUUACGCAGACUUCCGUAAACCACUUGUUUCAGCAAAAAGAACCCUACAGCAAAGGAGCUUUCCGGAUUCAAGUCACUUUCCCUGCUGAGUACCCCUUCAAACCACCAAAGCUCAUCUUCAACACCCAGAUCUACCAUCCCAAUGUUGAUGAGAAGGGGCAGGUUUGCUUGGGGAUAGUGCUACCCGAGAACUGGAAGCCUGCGACUAAGAUUGUUCAAGGUGAGGCUUUCUUCUUUGGUGUUUUUGAUUUUAGGUGAUGGUUAAUAUCCGAAGGUUGAAUUUUGAUGUCUUUUUCGGUAAAAUGUUGUUUGAAAUUGCUCAUACACUUGUCACAUAGCAUGAUGUUGGAUUUAAUCUCAUUUUUUUCAGUGAUUCACGAGCUGUUGGACCUGAUAUGUGAGCCCGAACUUGACCAUCCACUCCGAUCGGAGCUGGCCGAGGAAUAUCGUCAAGACAAGAAAAAGUUCUUCAAAACUGCCGAGGACUUCACGAAGAAGCAUGCGGAGAAGCGAGAUUAA